UUAAAGAUUUUCUGAUUAUUCAUUAUACAAUCAGGUUGUUUAUUUAUACCUUUAAAGUUAUAUAAACCUGGGAAUGUUCACAUCAUCCUUUUAGUCAUGACAAAUACAAUAAUAUAAUGCAUUUAUUGAACAUAGAAUCUCUAAGUAGUACUGAUAUGUUGCAAAGUUCAAUAUGAAGUUAAAAAUUUACUCAUGGAAACUCUCUACUCAUUCCUUCAUUGCAUAACCAAGGAUCAUACAUAAUGCAAUAGCGCAAUUGCUAAGAGUGGGAUUAAUCAAAUUAAAGUUUAAGAAUAUUGACUGUCAAUUUGUUUUAACAGUUUUAUUAUAGUAACGGUCUUCAAUUUGGUAACUCUACUUUAAAAUGAAAACAAACUGAUGCUUUGCUAUAUGUUUAAAUUAAGCUUGCUACUUUGGCCUUGACACAUCCAAAAUAAGAACAUUAUUCAACACUAGCACAACGUGUCUGUAUAUCAGCUAGAACUAUUGGAGCCUGGUGUCCUCUGUAGACAUUGAACACAAUUACUUGAUGAGAGGAAAGGUGGUUGUUUUUCACUGACUUGAAAGGGCAUAUGCAAUAAUUAAAAUUUUGUUUGAAAAAGUGACUUCACCCUUUUGAACCUGGCUUGAGAAAAUGAUGACUGAGGCAGUCUUCAGUGGAAUUGCAUUUGGACACCCUUAGCUAGAUCUUAGUAAAAGUUCCUCUGCUCCUUCAUUUGACAAGUGAACUACAGAUAUUUUCUAUUGCACAUAGAUCUUUUUAUUCACAUUUGCAGACGAUGGUGAAUGCAAAGCAGAAGUAAUAAAUAUCACUUGCUAAAUUUCAAAUCUUUUUAAGAUAUUUACUCAUUUCUCCUAUUUUUAUAGAUAUAUAAAAGAGAAGUCAAGCUGCUUCACACUGCUUUACCACUACCAUUACCAUUUGUAUAUAUUUUGUGAAUCAAAUGCAGCAUUUUGUUUGUAGGUUUUAAAGCCUGACAGUAAGAAUGUACGAUUUAAAAUUAUUUAAUUGGGAAGGCUGUUGGUAAGCAAUUUCUAAAUAGUCUAUGCAAAGCUCUCUCCAUUUGUGGGGAUUUUAAUGGUAAAUAAAAGUAACUGGCAGUCCAUUGUGGUCAUCAUCACUGAUAGUUUAGAAUAAGCACCGCAGGGAACAUUUCAUAUUGUGGAAAAAAUCAGAAUGCAUGACCAUACAAUUACAAAGUCAAAAAGGUGUCUACAUCUUCAGGUAACUACAAAAAAUGGAAUAUUUCUAAACCUGACAUAUACAGCAAGAGUUCCCUGAAUGCCUAAUUACCUGAUAAUAUUGAGAGUUUCUAAGACUGUAAAGGUGCUAUUGAGUGCCUGACCCUUAAUAGCAGGGAGUUGCUCCUUUUUGUCAGAUUAAUGUGAAUCAGAAAAACUACUUUGACUGUCUUCUCUGCACUAGGAGCAUCUCUCCUGCCAUAGUACCUCAUUCCCUGAAAAUGUACACCCAUGCAAAGUCCUUCUCUACCCCCUUCUUGGUCAGGAGCACUACUCAGCUGUUGAGCGGAUCACUGUCUGCAGUGGUGCUAAAACCACCAGAGAUACUGACAGAUAAGAGCCUCAGCAGCUUGGCAACCCCAUGUCCCCUGACCUCAUUUACUCCUAGCUACAGCUUCCAAAUCAGUGCCAUUUCAAGGGGCAUUGAUAUAGCAGCCAAGUUCACAGGGGCUGGGUCUGCCUUGGUAGUAGUGGCUGGCUCUGUGACUGUGACUGUGACCGUGUUUGGAAUCCUCAUCAUUGGUUAUGCCAGGAAUCUUUCUCUGAAGCAACAGCUCUUCUCCUAUGCCAUUCUGGGCUUUACUCUUUCGGAGGUCAUGGGGCUCUUUUGCCUGAUGGUGGCCUUUCUCAUCCUCUUUGCCAUGUGAAGGAGCUUUCUCCACCUCCCAUAGGUCUUUUUCCCAUGUCUUGUCAGCCCUGUAUGUUCCUUUUUCUAUACCUCCCAGGCAGCCUGGGGAAAGUGGCUGGGUCAGUUUGACAGAGGGAAGACAGACAAAUACUAUAUUAAUAAGAAAAAGAAAGAAAGAAAAACUUCUGUGGUUUUCUGAUGCAUUGAAGUUAUUGACUCUAAAAGCUGAAAUCAGAGAGGAGAAAAAAAACUUAGUAAGAAGUUGUAUUAUUUCAUAUCAAAGUCAUCUCGGUACCUUUUUCACCACUAGGAAGAUCUCAGGAGUGUCCAUGCAAUAUAGGUAUUUUAAAAAUGAAAUUUAGGAACUAUGUGCUCAUCAGGAAAUGAACACAGAGGCAGCAAAAAAUUAUAGACACCAUUUUUUAGCGUGGCUGCUCACUAACAAAUGGGAGUACCGGUCAUGCAAUAUGCAAAGCCUAAGAGCAAUGAAUGCAGAGAAUAUGCCUGAUAAUUUAGAUUCUAUUUUGUUUUUACUUCUUUCUAUACUGAAUUUUUCUCUGUCCCCUUUCAUCUCAACUAUCUGAUAAGCUUCCUAAUAUUCUUUAUAUUUAAACUGAAGUAUUUGUUCAUUAUUGGAGCACCUG